AGCCAAAAUGAGCACCAGCCAGAAGCACCGGGAUUUUGUGGCGGAGCCUAUGGGCGAGAAGCCUGUUGGCACUCUGGCUGGCAUUGGAGAUGUGCUUGGCAAGAGGCUGGAAGACAAAGGCUUUGAUAAGGCUUAUGUGGUGCUCGGGCAGUUCCUGGUGCUGAAGAAGGACGAAGACCUCUUCCGUGAGUGGCUGAAAGACACGUGUGGUGCCAAUGCCAAGCAAUCCAGAGACUGUUUCGGCUGCCUGAGGGAAUGGUGCGAUGCCUUCUUGUGAACACUCUUGCUCAGAACCUCAGUGGAUGCUGUUGGGGCUUUUGUAGUUAGCUAGAGGUUGAACCUUCCUUCCUCCCCCACUGUUUCUUCCCCGUGAAACUUAAAGCAUCUAAAACAUGUCCCUGGGAUGAUCGCUCCUAAUGCCAGAGAAUAUUUUUGUUACCACAGUCUUUUAAUCGAACGUCUUUUCCUCCAGGGAGGGAGUGGAGAAAAA